AUGCCCUUUCCCUUUUCUCACGUCUGCGAUUUGUUAGAGGCAUCUUACCUACUAGCAAAAGCGCGCAAGUCCAGCACCUCGGCACUUGUUGCAUGGUGUUCUCAGCAUCGCAGUCUUAUCGAUGCACCAGACACCAGCCUUGCGGCUCUACUGUCCACAUUACUCCCUGAAAAGAGGACGGAUAGAGUGUAUAACAUACACGCAAACAGCCUUGAGCGUGUCAUCGGUCGCGGUUUGAUGCUUGGUUCGUCUCGCCUCAAGGAACUGUCGGUUUAUAAACAGCCGGGUCUUGGACUGGAUCUUGCCGAUUGUGUAGAGCGUAUCCUGACUGUCACUCCGAAUCCAACUCUUCCAGAGAGACUUCAAGUCACUGUUGAAGAAAUUGACGAGGUUUUGCAUUCCAUUGCAGCCCAAGUAAGAUGGAGUUCGCCAUCUAUACGAGUUCCAGAGGCAACUAUUGCCAAACCGCCGGCUCGGAGUGGCUUGGAAGCCGUCUAUAGACGGCUGACUGCGAAAGAAGCAAAAUGGUUCACACGGUUGGUUCUCAAAGACUUUCAACCACUGGUGUUUGAUGCAUAUGAAGUUUAUCGCUUAUGCGAUCCUCUGCUGCCAUCAAUCUUGAAAAUUCGUGAAGACUUUACAAUUGCCAUCGAGACCAUGCAACAGUUGAGGAGAGAAACGCGCUCUCUACACCCUGACAUAUUAUACGUCGAGCGGGAGCGACUAUCGUCAAUCAAGCCACAGCUAUCAGUCAAAGUUGGGAGGCAACAGUGGUUCAAAGCUCGGAGCAUGAAGCAUUGCAUGAACAUGUGCAAGGGUGGUGUAAUGAGCGUCGAAGCCAAAGUGGAUGGAGAAUACUGUCAGAUCCACGUUGAUGUUAGCAAGGGUAGACGCGGCAUCCAAAUCUUUUCCAAGAGUGGAAAAGACAGCACCGAAGACAGAGAGCGCUUAAUCGGGAUUAUUAUUGAUUCAUUGGGAAUAGGAAAGGCUGGAUGCGAUAUCAAAACCGAGUGCAUACUGGAGGGGGAAUUGGCUGUUUACAGCGAAUCGCAGAAGAAAAUCCUACCCUUUCAUCAUAUUCGAAAACACGUCGCCCGUCGUGGUCGGUUCAUGAAUACAGGCCAGGACUCACCUCCGAGGCCUCAUGAACACUUGAUGAUAGUGUAUUACGAUAUUUUGCUUCUCGAUGGCCAAUCUCUAUUAAAUGUUCGGCACUCAGAAAGAUUCAAGCUACUCGAGAAAUUAGUUCGCUGUGAUAGGGGACAAGCUGAACUCAUACAAAGGCAAAUCAUCAACACUAGUCACCCCAUGGCAGCUCUGACGCUGCGAAAUGCAUUCGCCAAAGUCAUUACAGAGAGGGGCGAGGGACUGGUUAUAAAAUCAGACCAGCCUUAUUUCAACUUUAAGAAUGAUGGAGCACCGUUUACAAAUCACUGCAUUAAGUUCAAGAAGGACUACAUUGGUCACUUCGGAGAGGUUGGCGAUUUCGCUGUGGUUGGUGCUGGAUUUAAUGCCGCUAAAGCGAGGUCAUACAAUAUUGAGAACCUCAAGUGGACUCAUUUCUAUGUUGGCUGCAUUGACAACAGAGAAGAAGUAAAGCGAUGGAAUGUCAAGCCGGAGUUUACUGUUGUCAACGUUGUUGAGCUCAAUGAGGCUAUGCUCAAGACAUUCACAUUAUACACGAAUCCAAAGCCGGUAUCAGUUGCAGAAAACGUUGAAACUAAACUGAAGCAUGCCGCCGGGACUCAGUCCACGCCGAUGACUGUGGCAUUUACGAAUCCACCCGUUUUCGACAUGAGAUGCUUCAGCUUUGACAAAGCAGGCGACACAAACUGGUGGAGCUUACGGUUCCCGUCCGUCGCAAAGAUUCAUUUCGACCGAGAUUUCUCUGAUGUGCUCUCAUUUACUGAGCUACAAGAAACUGCAGAGCGCGCCACAUCAGCGCCUGAAUUGGAAGAUAGUCAGGACAAUCUUGCAUGGAUCGCAAAAUUAGAGCAAGCCGAUCCAAGAGGAGUGGCUGUUGACGCCGCUACACAGUUGACAGCAACAACGAUGCCAACACCAUCGCCGAGACGAGCCUCUCACAAUUCCUCAGGCUCUCUGCCUCUGGCCAGACAUGUUACUGGAAGCUCUCUAGAACUAUCCCUUGAGUUGAUGGGUGCCCCGGUAUUCGAGUCUCACAGACUUGCUGCAUCACAGCCAUCUCCCACGGCACAUCUAUCCAAAACAACCCCCCAUAUUGAUCAUAAAAGGAAGCGCAUUACUUUUGCAUCGGCCUUGUUCUCUCCACCAAAGAAACGUCGUCCAUCUUCUAGAGGUGAGGAGUCUGAAUCAACAUUUCUAGAUCGCAAACCCGUAUCCGAAUCCCCCAUACGGCGUCCACUAGGAGAGAUAGAUGGCAACUCUGCGCAGAAGCCCCAGAAAUCAGAGUUCCCUUCGACUGUCUGCCAAUCUGACAACGAAGAGUUGAAUGCCUCCCCUCACCCUAAGCAGCCUCAGGCAAAAGAGACGGAUACUAGCAGGCAAGAGCACGCUGCAGUUCAACCGGCAGAGAUGUCAUCUUCCCUUUUGCCAUUAAAUGAUAGCGCCAUCGUUAUACCUGAUAGCGAAGAUGAGGAUGAGACUGACAGUGAUGCCGCUACCCAACCACUAACCCCGACUCGUAGUAGUCAUGAAAAGCACGGUCGCGAUGUCGAACAGAAACAGAGACCUUCAGAACAAAGUCCUGAAGAAACCGAGGCGAUUUGUCAGUAUGCUGGUCUUGAUUGCCAGCUAGCCAAUCGACUUGUUCUGCUACCGUCCUACUUUCAAGAUAUCGACGGGGUUGAACCGUUGUUUCGAGAACACGGACUAUCAAACAUUAUCCGAGAUGCCGAAGUCUGGAUCAGAAAUGAUACAAUCGAUAUUUCCCAGCUACCAGACAGCCAGACAGGUCGUAACAAGAUUUUGUUUGUUGAUACGGUAGAGAGGGAGCAAGAAACAAAGGCGCUGCUGUCUAAACUAGAGAGCAUCCGUGAAAACAUCCCAGAAGAGAGACGGGAAUGGAUAAGCGUCUUUGACCGGAGGGUGCUGAAUCAUCUCGCCAUUUAUGAAGACGCAGAGACUACGAAGAAAUAUUACGAUGGGUUUCAUGAUCCGUGGCGGCGUUGGUAUUCAGGGUUGAUUUGAGGCCAAAUCCCCCUUUUUUAAGCGUACAUGUGAAUAUUAUGGGCAUAUCAUCUUUAUAUAAUUCUUAAUUAGACAAUAAGCCU